AUGUCGUCGAAGUCCAUUUUCACGGUUUUGGCCCUUGGGCUCUUUGCUUCCUUCAUAUUCGAAAGAAUCAACCCGUUGAAGACAUUCUACAUCAAUGCACCCGCGCGGCUGACUAAGAUCAAUAACAUUGGCGUUCAUGAAGUCAAGUUUGCGGACCGCAUCAGAAGCUGCGAGGAUGUCUUACUCGUCGAGAAGUACCAUCUUGCGAUCCUUGCUUGCGACGGUGGCCGUGAACGGCACAAUACAGUCAUGGGUGUUUUUGCUGGCAAUGUUACCGAAAAUGCAAACCUUUGGGCGUACGACUACGAGACAACAGGCGAAGACUCUCUCAAGGCAAUUUUACUUGCCGGGUUUCCAAAUGGAAAUGAUUUCCAUUCUCUAGGCCUAGCUUUUGACCAGCACACCUCAAACCUCUUUGUUACAAACCAUGCCGAAGCAGGACCCCGGAUCGAAAUGUUCAAUCUGGAUAUUGAUUCUUUGACGGCUCGCUAUAUCCAGACGAUAGAGCAUCCCCUCCUUCACGGGCCCAACUCAAUCGAAAUCAUCAAUGGCCAAGAGUUCUACGUCAGUAACGACCAUUAUAUAACCAAGGGACAGUCGGUUCUGAUCAGCAACCUUGAAACUUAUCUCGGUACGCCUACUGGCACAGUUGUCUAUGUAUCCCUCAAAGAAUCAAAGGUCGAAGCCAAAAUCGUGGCAAAGGUUCCCUUUGCCAAUGGUAUCGAAAUACUCAACAGUUCUACCGUUGCUGUGGCGUCUUCCUCUCGAGCAGCCGUAUAUUUCUUUGACACGCCUGACCCCACGACGUUGAAGUACAAUUCUAAAAUAUUGUUACCUUUUCUCCCGGAUAACCUCUCCGGGUAUGGUGACAAGUUGAUGAUUGCGGGGCACGCGCAUAUGCCUUCUUUGGUAAAGUUUACACACUCGCGACGUAUCUGCAACGAUCCAGUUGAGUAUGAACGCGCGGAUACCAAGACUAAGGAAUAUUGUGAGAUGGUUGAGGCAACCUCUUGGGCUGCCGAAUGGAGCGAGAGUGAGGGCCUGAAGAACCUCUAUGUUGAUACGGAAUACCCGUCAAGCUCGACUGUUGUCAAGGGUAAAGGUGUUGGGAUUAUCACGGGUCUUUAUGCCAAGGGGAUACUAGUUUGGCGAGACUCCAGUUCUUGA